AUGACAAUUCUUUCCAUGCGGGAGCUUCUCGAGUUCCCCCCUGGCGAUAACGAAACUGACACGCUGAUAAACGGUGUUCACUUCAAUACCACGACCUUAAACUAUUUUAACUAUACCCUUUAUUCGAACGGGACGCUUUCGAACGGCUCUAAUUGCUGGUUGACGUUCGAUAUCUACAAGCCACUUCUCCUGUCGAACGGAACAUUUAUAAACGGUACAUCAUGCUAUGUCCCGAUUAAAGGCCUGAAGGCUCGAGGGAGCAUCGGAGUUGCAUUUGCAGCUCUCUUUGCGGCCACAUUGUUCCUUUCGGUCAUCAACCUCCGAAAACACGGCGAGCGGUUCCUACCGCUUGAAAAGCGGUGGACAAUUGUUGGGAGGAGAGCACCGUGGUAUUGGAUGAUAUUUCUUACUGUCUGCGGAGUGGUUAGCUGCUUCAUGAGCAUUGACGUGGAUCGUGACUAUCUACCUCAGACCGCGAUCAUUUUGCAGAGCUUCUUCUACUAUCUAAUGAUACCCGUGAUGCUUGCCAUGAUAUGGGAGGGCGUCCGGCACUGGGGAUCGUGGCAGGAACGCCAGGUAGUUGACCGAGAUAGUUCCGCGUUCCCUGCAGAAUCAACUAGAGAGCGACAAGAGCUCUUCCUGCCGCUAAUAUUUUAUUUAUUUGCAUUUUUGUCUUUCUUCCUAUACAUCCCAAGAUCGUGGUCGGCGAUAGAGAAACAACGAACCUUUGACCAACAAGAAGCUAUAGCCAAGAAAGCAGCAACUGAUGUCCGCUUCAAAGCCGGAAACAUCAUUACAGGCUUUUGUAUCUGCAUAAUAUGUUACAGCCUUGGACAUAGCUUAUUCAGAUAUAAGUGGCAGGCUCAGGGACAACCUUCACUUAUAUCCAUAGUGAUGUCUAUCCCAGCCAAGUUCAUUAUCGUUAUUACCCUUGCGGGAAUUUCUGUUGCAUUCAAUAUUGCAUCCUCCUUUAUCUGGCAAAUAUCCCCUCUGAAAUAUGACGGCAAUCCGGGGUAUCUUUAUGGCUUAGGAUAUGGGCCACAUCUUAUGAUAGUCACGGUUCUCAAUAUCUUCGCCUAUCUUGAAUCUAACGAGGAUAGGGAGUUGAUAAGGCAGAGAAUUCAGCGUGGGCGUGCCAACGACACUGAGCUCGGCAUCGAAGCCGGUAGAAGGAAGCCCGCAUGGUGGAGGCGGCUGAGGCCCGACUUCAAGGGCGACGUUGGAAACAGUUAUGAGGCAAGGCUUCGCGCUCUCACUACAGAGGUUGGCGGUGGUAGACCGACGCAACGAAAUAUAGAACAAAGGGUGGAGAUGGGCGUUAUUGAUACCAACCGAUAUAGGGAUUCCGUCGAUUCCCACACACAAAGCAACGCAGACCCAUUCACAGAUGACCAUCGCCACCCUCCAAAUCCCCAGUCUACUGGUAGCGAACCUACCGAAGCACCCGUCGAACCUGGACCCAGAACAGGUCGACUCCACAGCAGUGCGGCAAGCCAGUUUUCCCAGUCAUCCGGCGAAACACUCGUCUCGCAGGCCAGAAAUCAACCGCGUGUCAGAAGUAUGCUUGAUGUAUAG